CGGAAGUGGAGUCCGGGACUUCCACUCGUGCGUGAGGCGAGCGGAGCCGGAGACGAGACGAGAGGCCGAACUCGGGAUCUGACAAGAUGGCCGGGCUGCCCCGCAGGAUCAUCAAGGAAACCCAGCGUUUGCUGGCAGAACCAGUUCCUGGCAUUAAAGCAGAACCAGAUGAGAGCAACGCCCGCUAUUUUCAUGUGGUCAUUGCUGGCCCCCAGGAUUCCCCCUUUGAGGGAGGGACUUUUAAACUUGAACUAUUCCUUCCAGAAGAAUACCCAAUGGCAGCCCCUAAAGUACGUUUCAUGACCAAAAUUUAUCAUCCUAAUGUAGACAAGUUGGGAAGAAUAUGUUUAGAUAUUUUGAAAGAUAAGUGGUCCCCAGCACUGCAGAUCCGCACAGUUCUGCUAUCGAUCCAGGCUUUGUUAAGUGCUCCCAAUCCAGAUGAUCCAUUAGCAAAUGAUGUAGCGGAGCAGUGGAAGACCAAUGAAGCCCAAGCCAUAGAAACAGCUAGAGCAUGGACUAGGCUAUAUGCCAUGAAUAAUAUUUAAAUCGAUCUGAUCAUCAAGUAUGCAUCACUUCUCCUGUUCUGCCAAGACUUCUUCCUUUUUGUUUGCAUUUAAUGGACACAGUCUUAGAAAUAUUACAGAAUAAAAGCCCAGACAUCUUCAGUCCUUUGGUGAUUAAAUGCACAUUAGCAAAUCUAUGUCUUGUCCUGAUUCGCUGUUGUAAAGCAUGAACAGAGGCUAGAAGUAUCAUCUGGAUUGUUGUGGAAACGUUUAAAAGCAGUGGCCCCUCUGCUUUUACUCAUUUCCCCUAUCAUGGUUUAAGUAUAAAGCACUGUGAAUGAAGGUAGUUGUCAGGGUUAGCUGCAGGGGUGUGGGUGUUUUUCUUUAUUUUAUUUUAUUUUUUUUUUGAGGGGGGAGGUAAGUUUUAAUUUUAUGGGCUCUUCCCCCCCCCCCCCUUUUUAUGGUGAUCUAAUUACAUUGGUUAAAAGCAGCUAACCAAUUCUUUAGAAUAUGCUCUCUAGCCACGUCUAACAAUUUAGACUCUGUAGAUGGACAAGCUUGAUUGUUUGAACCAAAAUGGGAACAUUAAAUAAACAUCACAGCCCUCACUAAUAACAUUGUGACUUUGCUGUCAAGUGUAGAUUCCCCCCUUCAAAAAAGCUUGUGACCAUUUUGUAUGGCUUGUCUGGAAACUUCUGUAAAUCUUAUGUUUUAGUAAAAUAUUUUUUGUUAUUCUA